GCUCUGCAAGCUCACCAUUAUUUCAUUCUCAGUGGGGUCAAAAAUCCACUUGUACCGUGAAUUCUGUCCCCUCAUCAAUGUCUGUAAAUUUUUCCACGGGAUUUCUUCCUCUGCGUAGCUACCUAUUGUAAAUAAAUAGGCGAACGACUUAGAGAUUCAGCGGGCGUGCUGGUAUAGGAUGGAUUUAAGGAGAAGAAUGGAGAAAUUAGUGCUGAGUAUUUUAGUUGGGCUAUGGAUAAUCAGUUCUUCUGUAGCGGCUAAAAAACAGCCAUAUGUGCCGGCCAUGUUUGUGUUCGGAGACUCGUUAGCAGACGCAGGGAACAAUAAUUACAUUCCCCACUCUAAAGCGCGUGCAAACUUCACACCUUAUGGCGUCUCUUUUUUCCACUACCCAACUGGUCGUUUUACUAAUGGGCGCACCGCUUUCGAUUUUGUGGCUACUUAUUUGCGGCUUCCCUAUCCUCCUCCAUAUCUGCAACCAAAGGCGAAUUUCAUGAGGGGGAUAAAUUUUGCAUCUGGAGGUAGCGGAAUGCUCGACUCUACGGGCGCUGGAUCGAACAUUAUCACUCUGAGUCACCAAGUGAAGCAAUUCGAACAUUUUUCUUAUAAGCUAACGAAAACGAAUCCAUCUGGACCUGCGCAAGCUAAAUCGUACUUGGGCAAGUCUUUAUAUUGCAUUACAAUUGGAGGCAACGAUAUUGGCGACUACAUUGCCAACACUACUCUUCAAAAUACCACUACCCCUCAACAAUUCGUCACGAUGUUGCUUGUCAAUUUCGAUCAGUAUAUAGCAAGGCUUUACAAGAGUGGGGCAAGGAAAUUCCUUGUAUUGGACAUUCCAGCUGUGGGAUGUACUCCUUAUACCAGAUUUGCUGGAUACAGUUUAGCCAAAGGUGCAUGUCUGGACCUCGCAAACCAGCUGGCUGUUGCAUAUAACACAGCUUUCAAGGCACUCGUGGCUCACCUUAAUAAAAAAUUAGAGGGGGUGUCCAUCAUUAAACUCGGUACUUACAAUUAUUUUAUGGACAUAAUGCAAAAUGCUAAAGCUUACGGAUUUAAAGAUACAUCGACAGCAUGCUGUGGAUCAGGAAUGUUCAACGCACAAGUGAGUUGUGGAAAGACGAAUCCACAGACCUUGUUUUGCAACAAUACAAGCGAACAUGUGUUCUGGGAUGGAACUCAUCCCACUGAAACAGUUUAUGCCAUGUUUUCACACCAGAUUUGGACUGGGAAUUCUUCUGUCAUGUACCCAUUUAAUCUUUCUACCCUGGUCUUGGGUAAGAACUAAGAACAGCUCUGGUCAAUAAAAAUGAGAAAAUUCCGAUCCCUGAUUUCUGUUCCCCGUUUUGUAUUUUGGGUAGAAAAGUUCUGUUCAUUAAGGAUACCCAAAUCCCGUUUCCCGAUUUGUACCCUCCGUUGGGCAUCAUCAAAUUCUUUUUAGUGCCUUGUAUAUUAAAUCUCUUUGUGGAUGUUUUCUUCACUUUUAAAGCAAAUGGACACUUUUGUAUUGUUUUA